AUGAUAGCUCAUCAAAAUCGAGAAGAAAACACGGGAACAGGCGUAGAUCCAUUUCAACGAAAUUUAUCUAUUCUUGAUCCAUUAUCAGAUCGUGUCAGCACAAUACUUGUUUGGAAGAAUUUAACUGUUCUAACACGUGAAGAUAAAAUUACUGAAUUCUUUCAACGAAUAAAAUGUUGGAAAAAAUUUACACCUAAACGACAAUGCUUAUUGAAUAAUAUUAGUGGUGCAAUCACAGGUGGGUUAUGGGCUGUGAUGGGUCCAUCUGGAUCAGGUAAAUCAACUCUCUUAAAUACAUUGGCUUGUCGUUUGGAUGUCAACACAAUUGUACAAGGUCAAAUAAGUCUCAAUGGUGGACCAUAUAAUAAUGCAGAAUUAAAGCGGAUAGCUGGUUAUGUAAUGCAAGAUGAUCUUUUAAACGGAAAUUUAACUGUGUAUGAAACAUUGAUGUAUACAGCUGAACUUCGUUUACCACGUCACUUUAUGCGUCAACAACGUGAAAAACGUGUUCAAGAAGUUAUGUUUGCUAUGGGCAUUAAUCAUGUUAAGAAUGUUAUUGUUGGAACUGUGCUUAAAAAAGGGAUUUCUGGAGGGGAAAGAAAGCGUUUAUGUGUUGGAAUGCAAUUAUUAAAUCGACCACAGUUACUUUUUUUGGAUGAACCAACAUCUGGUCUUGAUUCAGUGACAGCAUUGGAUUUAGUGCAUACCUUUCAUUCAUUAGCUCAUGGUCGAUCACCGGAAAAAGUUGUAACUAUUGUUUGUUCAAUUCAUCAGCCACAAUCCAAAAUAUUUUAUCUAUUUGAUUCAUUGAUUCUACUCAAACAAGGUAAUAUUGUAUAUCAAGGUCCACGGCAACAGGCAAUGGAUGUUUAUCGUAUGGCUGGUUUUCCAUGUCCAUUAUACACUAAUCCAGCUGAUCAUCUACUCGAUGUUAUUACACCAGCGAGGACAAUGAAUGAUCAAUCAGUUUCCACUGAAAAACAAGCAGAUGCUGAUAAAUUAAUAUUAGCAAUUCAAGCUCCUGUUGAAAUCGAUUUGAAUAUGGGUGCACACAAGCGUAUUGCUCAAAUGGCAGAUGUACCAAAAAAUCCGUUGUGGAUUACACAAUUCUUUAUUCUUCUUCGACGCAAUUUUCAAGAACAAUUUCGCUCAUCACAAAUUAUUCUCACAUCGAUUAUUCAAACAAUCAUCAUUGCCGUUUUAAUUGGUUGUGUUUUUCUACAAAUUGGUAAUGGACAAUCAAGUACUCUUCGUCGAAAUCCAGUGAUUUUCUUUUGUGCUAUUAAUCAAGGUAUUUUCGGUGCUCUGAUGGUUAUCAAUUCAUUUCCAACGGAAAGAGCAUUAUCAUUACGAGAACGAGCUUCUGGUACUUAUUAUGCAAGUGCUUAUUUUACAGCUAAAGUUUUAGCCGAUACACUUGUUCAAGCUCCUGUACCGGUUUUAUUUUCUUGCACUGUCUACUUUCUAGUUGGUUUUCAAUUGACUGCUGGCAAAUUCUUUAUAUUUGUAGUGUUUAUUCUUUUAUGUUCAUUCGCUGCAACAUCAUUGGCUCUAAUGAUUUCUGCUCUAUGUAAGACAACAGACAUGAGUGUCACUGUCUUACCUAUGGCGCUAGAAAUAACACGACUUUUCGGUGGUUUUUUCUUGGCUCCAUCUCGUUUACCAAAAUAUCUUUCAUGGCUCGAUGCUUUAUCUUAUAUCAAAUAUGUUUACGUUGGUCUAAGUCUCAACGAAUUAGAAGGCCUUAAAUUAACAUGCACAGCUAGUGAAUUAGCUUCAGGUAAAUGUAUAACCGAUGGAGAAGCCACUAUUCGAGAUCUUGGUCUCGAUUAUAUUAGUAUUGGUGGAUGUAUAGGAGUACUAUUUGCUUUCAUUAUUGGAUGUCGAGCAAUAGCUUUUUUUGGUAUUCGAUAUCUCAAACAUUAA